AUGGCGUCCUCUGCCACCUUUUUCACGGGAUCUACCCGGUGCGACUUCCGGCGCUUCCCCAAAGCCAAAUCGAACGCGAAAGGUAAAUAUUCUGAAGCAGUUCUUGAUCUUGGGGCAGACCUCGUAGUGCAUCUCACAGAGUGUAGUGGAGUGAUGUACCGGCCAAAUAUCUCGUGUAAACCCAAGGGAUUUGGUUUUAAAAAACAAGGUGCUCAGCCUUUUUACCAAGAUGGUGCCAAAGCAAAGAGGGAAGUUCCUCCCCCUCCCAAAGCUGAAGCCAAAGCAAAAGCUCUGGAAGCCAAGAAAGCAGUGCUGAAAGGCAUCCACAGCCACAAUGAGAAGAUCCCCACGUCACCCACCUUCCACCAUCCCAAGACACGGUGGAGCACCCCCAGGAGAAACAGGCUUGACCACUGUGCCAUCAUCAAGGAACCCCUGACAGCGGAGUCAGCCGUGAAGACAGAGGACAACAACACACGCAAGUUCAUUGUGGACAUCAAGGCCAACAGGCACCAGAUCAAACAAGCUGUGAAGAGGCCCUGUGACCCUGAUGUGGCCAAGGUCAGUACCCUCAUCAGGCCCGAUGGAGAGAAGAAGGCAUGUGUUCCACUGGCUCCUGAUUAUGAUGCUUUGGAUGCUGCCAACACAAUUGGGAUCAUUGAAACUGAGUCCAGCUGGCUAAUUCUAAAUAAGACAUUAUUUUCACCAUUAAAAAAAAAGGUCAUGGUGAUCAAAAGAACUCACAGUUUGGAAUGUAACAUACUUUUAUUAAGAUGCAACAUUAUUUAA